AUGUCCACUGAUGUAUUAGACGAACAUCAUUUUAAAAGUCAAUGUUCCCUUUAUGAAUCAACGCAUACAAAAUUAGCAAAAGAUACAAUACGUCUAUCGACAACAACAUCGACAAUAUUAGGUACAUCAUCUAUGUCUACACCAACGCGUUAUCGACGCGUUAAAUAUCCAACACAAAUCAAUGCUUCUUCAUCUUCAUCCUCAUCCAAUUCAAUACAUAAUCGACAUUCAGGAUCGACUGAUAUAUUAUCUUUAAUUCGUUCAUUUGCUAUGAAACCAUUUAAAGCAUCAUCAAUGACAAAUGCUGUAGCAGGUGGACAAACGCGAAAUGUUAUAAGUGGUAGUAAUACGCAUAGUAAACACGCUGUCAAUCUUCUUAGAUAUCGUCCACUGAGCGACGUUGUGACCGAUCACGAUUCUUAUACACAACCUACUCAUACUGUUGAAGAUUUUCUUAAACGUAUGGGAUGGCCAAUAAAUUCCGGAACAGAUGAAGCACGUGUAAAAUGGAAUACAGCGAUGAAAUUUUUAAUUCCAUCAAAAUUUGAUGUUAAUCGUGCGGUUGAUUUAUAUACGACACAUGAAAAUCUUCGUAAAACUGAAAAUCUUGAUCAUAUUUGGAUAAAUAAUCCAAAUCUUAUUCGUGAAAUUCAAUCAAGCAAAUUUUUUUCAUUGCCACAAAUUAUAAAUCAACCUUUAACAGUUAUUUUCACAGCAUCAAAUUCUAAUCAUUCAAUAUCAAAUAGUUCACUUUCAUUACAAGAACGUGAAUUAAUUACAUUACAAGCAUUAAUUUGUCAACUUGAUGUUGCAACUGAAAGUGCGGAAGUUCAACAAAAUGGUUUAAAUUUUAUUUAUGAUAUGCAAAAUUGUUCUGCAACACAGUUUGAUAUGAAUCUUAGUAAAAAGAUUCUUAAACUUCUUCAAGGUGGUUAUCCAGCAAUGUUAAAAAAUAUAUUUAUUGUAUCAGCUCCAAAAUGGUUCAGAGUAAUCUAUAAGGUAACAUUAUUUUCAAUUGAUCAAAUGCGUGAAUACCUAAGAAAACAAUGUGGUUAUCCAUUAGAUAAUAUUCCCAUCUCAUUAGGUGGUACAUUUGAUCCAAUCGAUAGUGGUAAUACACGUUAUCAAUUAUGUUCAUCGAAAGUAACAAAUAAACAAUCCAUAUGUUCUUCUUAUUAUUCUUCGGAUUAUCAACCAUUAAUAACAAAAUCAACAAAGAAUAUUUUAGUUGUUAAUACUGAUUAUCAUAAUCAAGAUAAAUUAAUAAAUUCACCAACAACAAUAGUAACAUCAUCACCAUCACCACUUCUUACACUUGUUUCAUUAAGAUAUAAUAAUGAUACAUCAGCAAAAAUUCGUAUACGAAAACGUGAAUCAUCAUCAUCAAGUGAUAAUGAUAAACGUCCACGAUCAAAUGACGAUCUUAUUGAAGAAGAAUCACCUAUGAUUAAAUCAUCAUCUUCAUUACGAAAAGAAAAUUUCGAUGAUCAAUCAAAACAUAAUGAAAAUACUUAUCGUAUAUAUACUGGCCAACAGGAAAAAAAUGAUUAUAAAACAAAUAAUAAUAUGAAUGGAAAUGAUUAUCGUGAAUUCGUUAAACGUGAUACCAAACGAUCAACAAUAACAAAUGUUUAUAAAUCAUUGAAUGAAACAGAAUUUUUAUCUAAAACACAUCAAGAAAUUAAACACGAAUUUCGUAAAAUGUCAAAUCCUCCUGCAAAAGAUACGCAUGCUGCAAAAGAUGAAAAAAAUCUUGAUAAAUCUCGCUAUCGAGAUGUUAUACCAGGUGAAUUAACUCGUGUUAAACUUCAACCAGAUAGUGAGGAUAAACAUGAUUUUAUUAAUGCGAAUUAUGUUAGUGGUUAUAAUAAUCAAGAAAAAGCUUAUAUAUUUACUCAGGGACCAUUACAAUCAACAGUAAAAGAUUUUUGGCGUAUGAUUUGGCAAGAAAAUAUUUCUAUUAUUGUUAUGACAACAAAUAUUCGUGAAUCCGGUACUAUGAAAUGUUAUCCAUAUUGGCCAUUAGAAACAAAAGACCAUCUUAAUGCUGGAUUAUAUCAAAUUCAAAAUGAGACAUCUGAUAAAUAUGACAGUUUUGUUGUAACGACAUUAUUAUUAAAGAAAAAAAAUAAUUCCGAAACACGAACUAUUUAUCAUGCACAUUAUCUUAAAUGGCCUGAUCAUGGUAUUCCAACAGGAACAAAAGAUGCAUUAUUAUUUUUAGAAAAAGUCGAAUAUUAUAAACAAUUAACAAAAACAACAGCUCCAAUUCUUCUUCAUUGUUCAGCUGGUAUUGGACGUACAGGUACAUUUUGUGCAAUUGAUAUGGGUAUAAAACGAUAUUUAAAUGAAAAACUUAUUGAUAUACCAUCAACAGUUGUUAAAAUGAGACAUGAACGUUCGGGUAGUGUUCAAACAGAAGAUCAAUAUUUAUUUGCUCAUUUAGCUUUGAUGGAUUUUAUUAAACAACACCGAGCUAUUCAAGAAAGAAUGACUAGUUUAGAACUAACUAUAAGUUCAAAUCCAUUAGAAUCUGAUCCAACAAUUCGAUCACCUCUUAUUAAUACUUCAAAAAUAAUAAAUUUACAAGAACCAUUUCCACAUCGAACUAAAAAAUCUCAUGGUAUCUCACUAACAGAUGAUCAAUAUUUAACAUCAAUUACUCGACAACAAGCUUCAUUCGAACAUGUCUCAUCAUUACCAUCGACUAAUACUAAUGGAACACAUAGAAAAUUUCGCAAAUAG